GCCGCCGCCGCCUGCAAGUCGCGGAGCCAUGCCCAUGCACCCCCGACCGGCGACCACAAGCUAGAACCCCAAUUUCCCUCCCUCCCCAGCCCCCAGUUCCCCACCCAGAGCGAGCCGCCGCCAGCCCGCCACCGCCAUGGAGAAGGACCAGCCGGCGAAGGAGAAGGAGCGUCUCAUCUCUUCGUUGAUGCGGAUGAAGCCCGCACCGUUGAAGGGGAAGAAGCCGACCGUGGGGAAGAAGGCGCCGCCGGGAAAGCUUGGGGACGGCAAGGUUCGCUCGAAGUCAAACCCAACGAUUGUGCUCGUCGACGCUCCUGCAGCAGCAGCACCCGCUCUGGCAACGUGACGUAGGGGUCAGGGUCUUCCUCCUCCUCCUCGCCGUGGUCGCCAGGAUCUCACUGACCAGGCUGUGGCAUCUGGUUCUGCCGUGGCAUCUGGUUCAAGAAUCUCCAGGGCCGGCACCCGCGGUGUUGCUGCUUCAGGGACGACCGUGGAAGAAGAGGAGAGGUGCCCGAGGAUAGCAUGGAUGAACAGAAUAAGGAAUAUGAGCCGGCAGAAGAGAAUAUCAGUAUGGAUGAGGAUGAAGAUUUAUCUGACGAUGUCAUGUCUGACGAUGAUCCAUUAUUUGGGUUUUCCCGUGGUACUGAUGAGGUAGAUCAAGAAACUGUGGCUGUGGAUUCAGAUGAAGGGCAUGUAAGUGGAGAAAAAAGCAAGAAGGGUGUGAAAGUUGGAGGGGUCAAAAUAAAAUCCAAACAUAGAGAGAAUGCUCCGUGUUGGAGGGUAUUUAAGAAGCAACCACUUGAGGAGGGAGGCAGUUUAGAGGGGGAUUUGAAGGCUAUUUGCAAGUAUUGUGACAAGGAGUAUAAGUACACUCAAGGCUCAAGUACUUCUAGCAUGAAUAGGCAUAUGAAAAACUACCAGAAAUUGAAGAGUCAUGCAGCAAGGUUUCAAAUUCAAACACGCCUUGGGUACAAGCCAGCGAAAGCUAGUAGUGCCUCAGAUGAGUCAGUUCUUUUGGCACCUGGGUAUGAUCAUGCCACCAUGAAGGAGCUUAUUGCUAAGAUGAUCGAUGUCCAUGAGUACUCGUUCAGAAUGGUGGAACACGAGUGGUUCAACGCAAUCAUGAGGUACUUGAAUCCACUUUAUCAGUUCAUUGGCAGGAAGGCAAUAAGAGCUGAGUGUUUGAGGGUUUACAAGAAAGAAAAGGAGAUUCUGAAAAGUUCUUUGAAGAAUGUGAAGUACAUUGGUCUCACUACAGACAUGUGGACGAGCAAUCAUACCAUAUCUUACAUGUGUGUUGUGGCACACUACAUAGAUAAGAACUGGAAGAUGCAGACCCGGGUGCUUGCUUUUGUGGAGUUAGACACCCCACACACUGGACAUGUCAUUGCUGAUGCUUUGUGGAGCUGUGUGAUUGAAUGGAAGAUAGAAGAUAAGGUGGUAUCUAUCACACUAGACAAUGCUUCAAACAAUGAUGUUGCUGUAAGAGAUUUGAAGGCGAAGUUUGCUUUUCGGAGGGGGGUGAACUUUGAGGCCAACUACUUCCAUGUUCGCUGUUGUGCUCACAUCGUUAACUUGGUUGUAAAGGAUGGGGCAGCAUGUUUGGAGGACUUGAUCUCAAAUCUGAGAGAGACGGUCAAGUACUUCAAAAAAUCCCCAGCAAGGCUACACAAGUUUGUUGAGAUUUGCAGAGACUUGAGGAUUGAUGUUGGAGAGCACUUGCACCUUGAUGUUUGCACAAGGUGGGGUUCUACCUAUAGGAUGAUCAAGACAGGAGUUCCAUACAAGCAAGCCUUAGCUACUUAUGCCAUUUCCGAUGCCAGCUACAAGUGGGAGCCUUCACGCAAUGAAUGGGCCAUGUUUGAGCAGAUCGAGCCAUUGCUGUUUGCCUUUGCUAGAGUUACCACUGCCUUUUCAGGUCAAUAUUACCCCACGGCUAACAUUUUCUACCCCCAUGUUGUGAGCAUGAAGAUAGCAUUGAUCAAGGUGAAGGAGAGUACGGAUGAGACAUUUGGUGCAAUGGGGAUAGCUAUGAUGGAAAAGUUUGACAACUAUUGGGAAGAACCGAACAAUCUAAUGGUGAUUGCACCUUUCUUGACCCAAGGUACAAGAUGAUUUAUGUGCAGUGGUGCCUAAAACAGAUCUACGGGGCUGAGAGGGCUAAAGUUGAGAUUGAGCUCGUGGAGCAAGAGUUGGAGAGUUUGUAUGAAAAAUAUGAUGCGGAAAAGAAGCAAGCUGAACAAAGGCCUAGUUCAUCAUCACAUAAGUCAUCGAGCAUGGCAAGUAGCUCCAUGCCAGCUUCAGAUGCAGAGUUCCUUAGUUUCUUGCAUUCUACCUCAAAUAGGCCAUCCAAAAGUGAAUUUAGAAACUACAUUGAUGAUCCACAUGUGGAAAUGAGUGCUUCCUUCGACCUUCUUGAGUGGUGGAAGGUGAAUGCCCUUAGAUAUCCUGUGUUGGCAAAGAUGGCAAGAAGGUUCUUAACCGUUCCCGCUAGCUCGGUCUCCUCGGAGUCUACCUUUAGCACCGGUGGAAGGAUGCUUGAUGACUUCUGUAGCUCUCUAAAACCGGUCAUGGUUGAGGCCUUGGUGUGUUGAGCUAGUUAUAUCAAAGGGUCUCACAAAGACUUGAAUGCCAUGGAGGCAGAGGAAGAUGAGGAGGAGGAUGUGGAGAAGAUCAAACUUCCCAAAAGCACAAUGGCAAGCAACUACUAGCAGACCUUGCAUUUGGUUGGAGUAAGAUGCUUGGAGUUGGAGGUCAAAAUGUAUGGAGAAAGAUUGGAAGUUGAAGACCUUUUGUUUGUGUUUUCGUUAUGUGGUUGAACUCGUAGUCAUGAGGAUGAACUUGUCGUUAUGUGGUUGAACUCGUCGUCAUGAGGAUGAACUUGUCGUUAUGUGGUUGAACUCGUCGUAAUGUGUGGACUGCCUGUGUAAUGUACUAAUGUGGAGUUGUGGACUGCCUGUGUAAUGUGUGGCUGACUGUGUGUGCCUGUGUUGUGCAGCCUGUGCUGCUGUCCUACUGCUUGUUGCUAUCCAUUUUAUAUGCCUGUGUA